AUGGAUAUUUCAAAUAAUCAAAGUUCUGGAAAUGAUAAUGUCACUCCUAAUACUCAAUCUUCCACUCCCAACACUGAAACUUCCAAUCCUCCUACACCAAUUUCUUCAUUGCGUGCAAAAACUGAUCCUGCAUGGGCACAUGUUGCUUAUAAGAAAGAAGGGACACAAAAUGUAUACACCUGCCUUUUUUGUGGUAAUAGUUAUAGAGGUGGUGGGAUAAAUAGGAUGAAGCAACACCUUGCUGGUAUCACUGGUCAAAUAUCUUCUUGUAAAAAAGUUUCGCAUGAUGUACGUCAUAGAAUGGCAGAAUCUUUGAAAGAGUGUUCAAAGAAAAAAGCCAUUGAAAAUAUAGAAGAGGAAAUUGAAGAUACUCAUGUUGAUUCACCAAUUAUCAUGAGUAGUGCAAAAAAGAGAAAAUCUAUAGGGAGUAUGGAUAAUUAUUUUGCUCCUCGCACAACCCCUGAUUCUCAACCGGGUAUUAAAAGUGCAUUGGCAACCAAAGAAGCGAAACACAAUGUAAAAAUGUUGAUUGCUGAGUGGGCUAUUGUGAAUUGCAUUCCAUUUAAAGCAUUUGAUUGCCCGUUAUUUCAAAAAGCUGUAGAUGGUAUUGCUUCAAUUGGGCCUGGGUUUAAAGCCCCUAGUGCUUAUGAUUUCAAAACCAAUUUGCUGAGUGAUUGGAGAAAAGAAUGUCAGUUACUAAUAGAUAGCCAUCGAGCUAAAUGGAAAAACAAUGGCUGCACACUCAUGGCUGAUGGAUGGACCGAUGUGAGGCAACGUACUUUGAUAAAUUUCUUAGUGUAUUCUACACACGGAAUGGUGUUUGUGAAGUCUGUUGAUGCUUCAGAUUUAGUCAAAGAUGCCAAAACUCUAUUUACUCUAUUCUGUGAAGUCAUUGAGUGGAUUGGUCCUAAGAAUAUUGUCCAUGUAGUAACUGACAAUGCAGCUAACUAUGUAGCAUGUGGCAGGUUGAUUAAAGAAAAGUAUAAAAAUAUUUAUUGGUCACCUUGUGCUGCUCAUUGUCUGAAUCUUAUAUUAAAAGACUUUUCCAGCAUGCCAAAUGUGUCAGACCUUGCAUCAAAGGCAUCCAAGGUAACUAUCUUUGCAUAUAAUCAUAUGGUUUUCUUAUCAUGGUUGAGGAGGAGACCGAGUUGGAAAGAAAUAGUGCGUCCUGGUGCCACAAGAUUUGCUACGACAUUUAUUACAUUGCACAGCAUAUAUAUGCAUAAAAAUGACUUGCAGGCUCUGGUUGUUGAUAAGCAUUUUGUGGACCAUAGAUUAUCAAAGACUGAGGCAGGGAAAAAUUUUAGUGCAAUCAUUUUAGAUAACCGGUUUUGGAAUGACUGUUAUCAAGUUGUGAAGAUUGUAUCUCCUCUCAUCAAAUUAUUGAGAAUUGUGGACUCAGAUGAGAAGCCUUCAUUGCCUUACGUUUAUGAGGGGAUGAGAAGGGCAAAAAUAGCAAUUAAGGAGAUGUUUAAGAAGAACAAGGAAUUGUAUAAGCCUUACACAAGAAUCAUUCAAACUCGAUGGGAUAGACAUCUGAAGACCAAUCUUCAUGCGGCAUCGUAUUUGUUGAAUCCUGCAAUUACAUAUGGUCCAGAUUGUCCUAGCAAGUCAAAGUUAAUGAUGGCUUUGAUUGAUGUGGUUGAGUCUUACUCAGAUGAAGAUAUUGAUGGCUUCCUAGUGAUGAAACAAGCGACUACUUAUCGCGAAGGCAAGGAAUCUUUUAGCAGGCCUUCAUGUCAAAAAGCUGCUCAAAAACUAGACCCCUAUGAAUGGUGGACAUAUUAUGGUUGUUCAGUUCCAGAAUUGCAGCGUGUUGCAAUGCGCAUUCUUAGUCAAACUUCUGCUUCUUCUGGUUGUGAGAGGAAUUGGAGCUUAUUUGAAAGAAUUCAUACGAAAAGAAGAAACAGAUUGGGACAUAAAAGACUGAAUGAUUUGGUUUUCACCAAUUAUAAUCUGCGAUUGAAGCAUAGGAGUACAUUGAAGAAUAGCAAAAGUUAUGAUCCAAUUGACUAUGAAAACAUUGAUAUGGUGGAUUUUUGGGUGGCUGAAGAAGAUCCCAUUCCGGAGUUUGAUGAUAGAGAUGUGGAUACAUUGGAAAACGUCCUUAACAAUGACGGCACUGCCAAUUCAACAACUCUUGAGAGUGCUAAUGAAGGUGAUGAAGAUAUGAACAUUGCUGACCCUCCACCUUUACAAGAUGAUGUUGUUGCUCCUGCUUUUCCUUGUCCAGCUGUUGACAUCUCAGCCCAUGCAAAUGAUCUUAGUGAUGAUUUUGAUUUUCCCUAG